AUUUUCAUUUUGUAGUGAAGUUAACGGCCCCUUUUUUGGUACUCGCCUUCUUCUUCUUCUUCAACAGACCAACUGUUUAAUUCUGAUCAAUUCAUUUCCCUUCCUCCCUCGAUUGAUUGAACAUAGAAGCAGAAGAUUAUAAUUUAUAAGUAGAAGAAAUGGUGGAUUUUAGGGAGGAUUUGAUAAUUGAGAGCUAUCAAAUCCCAUGGCUGAUUUGGAUCCAACUUCUGAUUACGAUUCUUCUCCUUCUUCUCCUCUUUUUCGGCUUCGCCGCCUUUACUUACGAGGCCACUACUAGCUCCGCCGCCGCCGCCGCCGCCGCCGCCGCAGCGCCGAUAUCUGCUGCAACAAACAACUCCGCCUCUUCCGAUGGAAUAAUUACGGUGGAAGACGAGAGCGCAGGAGGCAGCACAGAAAGUAGUCAAGGGUCGGGCAGAGAAGAGGAGGAUGAAUCAUCUGAAAAAGAUACCACCAUGUUUCUGAGCAUAUUCCGGCAUCCAAAUCACCCUUGCAGCUAUUUUGGGCUGGCGAAACAAGCGCUUUUCAAGUGCUUCGGGUUAGAUUCUAGCUCGGAGAGCUCUGUAAGUCGACAGCGUGAGAAACGCGAUUGAUAGCUCCCUUCUUCGUUCGCAUAGAAAUGCAUAGCUCAGACAUCUCACGCAAAAUUACUAGUGACCUUUUGUUCAAAAGUAAUGUUGCUUUAUUCUACCAUUUUUGUAGCAUAGGUCUGCUAGAUUCAUUUUUUUUUUUGCUGAAGAGAACAUUCCAUGAAAUUAAAUUCGUAAAUUAAAUUUCUUAAUACAUAAAAAAGUAAAGAGAGACUAAAGUUGGAAAGAUUUACUUA